AUGGUGGUGCUCUGCUUUUAAAUCCAAGCCAGCAUGUCAGAGGCGGACUCCCCACCUGGUGUGGACAGGCUUCCCCAGAGAGGUGUCCUGAUGGGCAGCAGCAGCUUCUGUCCCAGACUGGAGCCCCCCACAGACUCUAGGGACAAAUGGAACAAGAAAAUGGAUUUUCUCCUGUCAGUCAUUGGAUUUGCUGUUGACUUGGGCAAUAUCUGGAGAUUCCCUUAUAUCUGUUACCAGAAUGGGGGCGGUGCCUUCCUCAUCCCCUAUGCACUGAUGGCUGUGUUUGGGGGGAUUCCCCUCUUCUACAUGGAGCUGGCCUUGGGGCAAUACCAUCACAUGGGAGUCAUCCCCAUCUGGAAGCACAUCUGUCCUAUCUUCAAAGGGAUUGGGUAUGUCUUCUGCAUCAUCAAUCUCUAUGUCACCUUUUAUUACAACAUCAUCAUCACCUGGGCCCUUUUCUACUUCUACUCCUCAAUGGGCAGCUCACUGCCCUGGACCCACUGCCACAAUCCCUGGAACACCCCAAACUGUACCAACUACUUUGACUACAGUAAUGUCACCUGGAGCAACUUCUCUCACUCACCUGCUGAGGAGUUUUACAUGAGGGGUGUCUUGGAGAUUCAGAAGUCAAGUGGCCUGCAGGAUCCAGGAGACAUCCGGUGGCAGCUUCUGCUGUGCCUCUUCCUAAUCUUCACAACUGUUUACUUCAGCCUGAGGAAAGGAGUGAAGACAUCUGGGAAGGUGGUAUGGCUCACUGCCACCUUCCCUUACUUGGUGCUCUUCAUCCUCCUGAUCCAAGGAGCCACCUUGCCUGGAGCCUGGAGAGGCAUUGUCUUCUACCUCCAGCCCAACUGGGAGAAACUGCUGAGUAAAUCAGUAAGCCAACAAAUUUUUUUCUGGAUCCACAAAGGCUCAGGGGGCAUGAUAGCUGUGUCCAGUUACAACCAUAUUAACAACAACUGCUUCAGGGAUGUGCUUUUCACCAGCUUCCUCUCCGGCUUUCUCAUCUUCACUGUCCUGGGCUACAUGGCUGAGAUGAGGGACAUUGAGGUAGAGGAAGUGGCAAAGGACAAAGGUCCCAGCCUCCUCUUCAUCACAUACCCAGAAGCCAUCGCCAACAUGGUGGGAUCCACAUUCUUCUCCAUGGUGUUUUUCCUUAUGAUGAUCACCUUGGGAUUAGACAGCACUUUUGGGGGCCUGGAGGCCAUCAUCACAGCUGUGAUGGAUGAAUAUCCACAGACUCUGGCCAAAAGGAGGGAGUUCUUGGUCCUGGGUCUCGUUGCUGUCUGCUUCCUGGGCUCACUUGCCAUGCUGACCCAAUUUAUAAUCAUCAGCUCCCUCCUGGACCAGUCUCCUCUUGUGCUGUUUGACUAUCGCUAUCCAGACUGGAGCAUCUCCAUUGGACAUCUGAUUGGCACUUCAUCAUUUAUCUGUAUACCCAUCUACAUGGUCUACAAACUCAUUUGGACACCUGGGUCUCUCAAGCAGGUCAGGGAGGCUGGACAUCCCAUUUCCUUUCCUGGCAUGGGAAAAACUAAGGGUUGUUUCCACACCUUUGGUCCUCCAGGUACCACCAAAGGUGGCCUAGAACCAGCACUCCCAAAGCCGAACACCAACCACAUGUUUCUCAACUCCUCUCACCCGGCUAAGUUUAGCAGCCAGAGAGCCAGAACUUCCGUUCCUGCCCUCACUUUUAAGUCCACGGACCGGAAGUUCCUCACGUUCAUGGAGAUGGAGAACGAAGGUGAAAGUGAAGACCUGAGUUGGCAGAGGCACCAUCUUUGCCUGGGAAAUGCUGACUAUCUGAAGUGUAAAUGA